AUGCCAUCCGCAGAAGCCAUGGAAGACUUGCAAAGCGAAGCCGACACCAUGAAGAGAGAGCAAUCGAGACAACGCGAAGAUUUCAGAUCAGCUAUCUCGAGCAUCGCAGACAGUACUAAGAAUAUUCUUGGUGCGCAAGACGAACGACUCAACGCAAUAGAAGACCGCAACCUGGAACUUCAAAGAAAAGUCGAGGCCCAAGCAAACGACAUUCAAGAAUUAAGAGCUCAGCAACUUGGUUUGGAGCGAGAGACCAAGACGAAAACAGAUAACGACAACCAGAAGCUGGCACAUUUGAUGGGUUUGUGUACAUCGCUUUUGCAAUCGCAACCAACACCGCAGACUAUGGAAGGGCCUGGUGAUGGUGGACAACUGAACGUUACGGAGAACCCAGAAACUGAGACAAUGCUUGUUCCACUUUUGCAUAAGAUGGAUUUUCGCAACCCUCAGCAUCUCAAGGCUCUCAAGGAGAUGGAGAACUAUCAGAUUUCUCUCGCCAUUUUCCACCGUAAGGAGAAGCAGGACAACGACCCUGUAGCGUACUCUGUUCGAAGAAGCCAGCCCUUUCAAAACUACCUUGUUUGUGGGGAGCGGAAGAACCAGAACCGGGUAGCACACUUUUGGCGCCAGCAGGAAUGGGCGAAUUUCCCGACGGUCAUCGAGCUGCACGGCUUCCGAAGAGAUUCUAUUACAACACCAGCCUUCCCAAAGUACGUGUGGGAGAUUGGAGAGAUAUAUAAUCGUAGAAUGGAGGCCAUCACCAACCAGUGGACGGAACGAUCUACCGGGUAUCACCUGGUAAUGGAUAUUACCAGCCCUUCCAAAGCAAUCUGGAUGGUUUACCGGUAUGCUGAGGACAGCGACGGCGUGAAAAUCAGCAGAAACGUGACGAAACCCGAAAAGGAGCAGAGACGCUUGUCAUCUUGGCGUCCGUUUACCUCUCUUACAGGACAAUCGUUUGACGCGGCACAAGUCUACAGCACGGUCAUGAACUGGCACGACGAGAAAACAGCUAUGGGGCAAUUCAGGAAGAGCUGUACGCUUGUGAAGGAGACGGGACGUUCCAUGCAUCCGACGCCAACGUUUAUCGAGCCGGUCCUAGAAGAGGUCAAGAAGGAGAUAGAACAAGGCUGGCGGAAGAGAUAA